AUGAAGUUAAUACGUAAAAUAUCAUGUUGGUUAUUAUUUGGUAUAUUAUUGUACCAGUGUACUGAGUUGACAUUUGCUGAUGAACAUAAUCAUAUUUAUGAAGAUAAUGAACAAGUUGUGUUAUGGAUGAGUACCAUUGGGCCUUAUCACAAUAGACAAGAAACAUAUGCCUAUGAUUCUUUACCUUUUUGCAAAGGUCAGAAAGAGGCAAUUGAUCAUUAUCAUGAGACUUUGUCAGAAGCUCUACAAGGUAUUGAACUAAAAUUUAGUGGUCUGGAUAUUGAAUUCAAAGUUCCAGUCCCAAAAACAACUGUCUGCACUAUUGAUUUAACUGAAAAUGAUAUGAAAGCAUUCAUUUAUGCUAUUAAAAAUCAGUAUUGGUACCAAAUGUAUAUUGAUAAUCUUCCAAUAUGGGGAGUUGUUGGUGAAUUUGAAGAUAAUAAUGAUCAUUUAUCAUACUAUUUAUUCACUCACAAAAAAUUCGACAUUGGAUACAAUGAUAAACAAAUUGUUGAUGUUAAUUCAACUACUGACAGCGUUAAAGUUAAAUUAACUCCAAAUGCACACAUAACGUUUACUUAUGAAGUUAAUUGGAAGAAAAGUAAUGUUAAGUUUGAAGAUAGAUUUGAUAAAUAUUUAGAACCAAAGUUCUUUCAACACAGAAUCCAUUGGUUCAGUAUUUUCAAUAGUUUUAUGAUGGUUAUUUUUCUCGUUGGACUUGUCUCAAUGAUAUUGAUGCGUACACUGAGAAAAGACUACGCGAGAUACAGUAAAGACGAAGAAAUAGAUGACAUUGAACGAGAUUUAGGUGAUGAGUAUGGUUGGAAACAAGUUCAUGGUGAUGUAUUUCGACCAGCUAGUCAUCCCAUUUUAUUUUCGGCAUUAAUUGGAGCUGGUUAUCAGGUGACUGUUGUAGUACUGAGUGUUAUAAUAUUUGCAAUACUUGGAGAGCUUUAUACUGAACGUGGAUCAAUGCUUUCAACAGCAAUAUUUAUGUACGCUGCAACAUCACCAGUUAAUGGUUACGCUGGUGGAGGACUUUAUGCGCGUAUGGGUGGACGAGUAUGGAUAAAACAAAUGCUGUUAAGUGCAUUUAUGCUGCCAAUUAUGGUUUGUGGUACAGCAUUUUUUAUAAAUUUUAUCGCCAUGUAUUAUCACGCAAGCCGUGCUAUUCCCUUUGGUUCAAUGGUAAUUAAUAUUGUUUUUUUUUUUUUUUUUUUUUUUAAUUUAAAAAUUUUAAUAAAAUAAUUACUGUUAUUAUUAUUAUUAUUAUUAUUGUUAUUUUAGGUUGCAGUAACAUGUAUAUGCGUAUUUGUUAUUUUACCAUUAACAUUAGUUGGAACAAUAUUGGGGCGCAAUCUUGGUGGAACACCAGAUGCACCAUGCAGAGUUAAUGCAGUGCCCCGACCAAUUCCUGAAAAAAAAUGGUUUAUGGAACCUCUGAUAAUUAUUUUACUUGGUGGUAUUCUUCCUUUUGGUUCAAUAUUUAUUGAAAUGUACUUUAUUUUUACUUCAUUUUGGGCCUACAAAAUAUACUACGUUUAUGGAUUUAUGUUAUUGGUAUUUGUUAUUUUAAUGAUUGUAACUGUUUGUGUAACAAUCGUAUGCACUUACUUUUUAUUAAAUGCUGAAGACUACAGAUGGCAAUGGACAAGCUUUCUAGCUGCUGCUUCCACCGCUGGUUACGUCUAUAUUUAUUCAUUUUACUACUUUUUCUUUAAAACAAAAAUGUAUGGACUUUUCCAAACUGCAUUCUACUUCAGUUACAUGGCGCUCUUCAGCUUAGCUCUUGGUAUCAUGUGUGGUACAGUUGGAUAUAUUGGUACUAAUGCAUUUGUUCGUAAAAUUUAUUCUACUGUUAAAAUAGAUUAG